AAAAACAAACUGAAGAAAUGGGUAGACCUCCUUGCUGCGACAAAGUCGGUGUGAAAAAGGGUCCAUGGACACCGGAAGAAGAUAUCAUACUGGUCUCUUAUAUCCAAGAACACGGUCCGGGAAACUGGAGAUCCAUUCCUACUAAUACAGGCUUGCUUAGAUGCAGCAAGAGUUGCAGGCUUCGAUGGACUAAUUAUCUUCGGCCGGGCAUCAAACGUGGUACCUUCACCGACCAAGAAGAAAAGACGAUUAUCCAUCUCCAAGCUCUUCUGGGAAACAGAUGGGCAGCCAUAGCUUCCUACCUUCCUCAAAGAACAGAUAACGAUAUAAAAAACUAUUGGAACACCCACUUGAAGAAGAAGCUUAGAAAGGGUCAAAACCAAGAUGGGGUUUCAUCGUUUCAAUCGGUCCCUAAGGGACGGUGGGAGAGAAGGCUUCAAACGGAUAUUCGAUUGGCUAAACAGGCGCUGUCCGAGGCGUUGUCGCUCGAUAAACCCAGCUUUUCCACGGAUUCGAAGCCGCCGAACGAGUCGUACGCGUCGAGUGCCGAGAAUAUAUCUCGGUUGCUCGAGAACUGGAUGAAAGCCACACCGAAACCGAUCACUUCUAGUUCUGGUUGUGGUGCUGAUCUUCGAACGAACUCGGCUGAGAAGGUGACUCAGGGUUCGUUCAUCAACGGCUCCUCCGGGACCAGCUCUAGUGACGAAGGAGCAUUCAGUGUCGAAACCACACCGCUUCGUCAGGGGUUCGACUCGAUUUUCAACUUCAACAAAUCUUGCACUUCUUCGGAUAACGUUUCGCAUGAAUCUGUCUCGGUGGAGCAGAAGAAUGCAAAUUUGAUGACGCCUGAAAACAGCGUCGUUUUCCAAGAUGAAAGCAAGCCAAAUCUGGGGGAUCAAGUGCCCCUGACGUUGUUAGAGAAAUGGCUGUUGGAAGAUGGCUUGUUUUGAAAAUAAAAAUAAAAAUCUUGUUUUAACUUGCCUUCUUU